CCGCGGGUACACGGUGACAAGCGAGUGAGCUUACCCGAGCUACAUGGACGACACGAAAUCGGGCCGAUUCGGCUGUUAUCGAGACGCGGCAGCUCGUGGUUUCCUGUUCGUUAUAUUAAUAUCUGCCGUCGUGACGACGUUCCAGUCGCAACGUGUGUCCGGUCGCUCGAUCAUCUUCGAGGAGCUCACGCAGCGUUGGCAACAGCAGCGCAAUGAGACCUCGGUACUCCUACCCUGCUUGAGGAUGUACAUGGACGAGUACUUCGAAGUACCGGGAUGGGUGUCGAUCGUGUUGCCGGACGAGUUGCAGGACACGCCCGAUUUCACGGGACCGUUUAUGAGCGAAUUGCGUAAGAAAAUAACGAUCUACACGGUGAGCGUAGACAUGAUAAGCGUGAUAAAGACGUACGAAGGCGCGGCGGACCCCAUUUUCCUGUCGAAGAACGCGUCCGGCCUCGUGGGAAAAGACAUCUGCCUGGCGAAUCAUUGCAAGCACGACUGCGACUUCAUGAUAGUGCUGACGACGCCGUUCGCCGACGAGGCGAGCUUCUUGGCGGAGGCCGACGAGCUAAUACGACCCUUGUGCCUGCGAUCGAUCUUCGAGCUCGUGAUAUUGGCGUUGGUCGGGGAUUCGGCUGUCAUCGUCGGCAGCCCGUCGUCCCGGAUCAACGGGUUAUACACGAUAGCCAACGCGACGGUUCUGGCUAGAUGUGUGCAAGAGGAUGCUGGUGCGAUUCGAUGGCAACGCUCCGUCGACGAGAGGUCGUCUCUCGACGAGAAUGCCGUGAACGCGGCGAUAUUCGAGAAUUUCCCGUUUACGAUGCCAAUAGACACAGGCCCGGACGGUUUGAGGUUCGACGGGAUUGAAGGCACAAUGGUCGAGCAGAUCGCGCACAGCCUGAAGAUUCAGUUGAACAGAGAAGUGAUCGUCGACACGAACAUGACUAUCGAGAAGGAGAUGCAAUCGAGACUCUUCGAUACGAUGAGUAGCGACAUAGUGUUUGGCGGCUUCCUGUGGAGCUACAAUCCGAAAGUAGAGUACACCAACUCUUACGGUAUGGUGCAUAUCACGUGGUUGGUGCCGAUCCAGAUGAACAUCUCCCUGAAUGGUCUGAUAACGCCGUUCAGCGCGGUCGUCUGGUACGCGAUUAUUUGCACUCUGAUCAUCGGCGCGCUCGUGAAGCACUUCUUCAUCCGCGACAUCUCGUUCCUAGACAUCGCCGGGCUGCUCUUCGGGAUGGUGAUCAAUCGUCAGCCGGUCAAGACCUCCAGCAGGAUCCAGUUCAUCGCCUGGACGUUUUUCGGUUUCUUUCUCACGCAGCUUUAUCUCGGCUCGAUGGCCGAUCAGCUGAUGAACGCUUCGAUUGACCAGAUAGAUUCCAUGGACGACUUGAUGAAUUCGGGUCUGAUGAUGGGCAGCACCAAGCAAUUAGCGAAUCUGCUUAAUACAUCCGACAAAGGUAGCAACGACGACGACGCCGUCAGACAUGCGAUCAGUAAGCACAUCGUGAUCUUCGAAGAGCAUACUUACAACAAAUACAUCGCGGAUAUCAUAGAGGGCAAAAACGACACGUUGGCCAUGCUCGUGAUGUUGAAUCUGUCGGACAUACAUCUGAGCGACAUAGGGUCCGGCCAUAUCAUGAAAGAGACCAUAGGCACUUUCCCGUUGGCGCUCGCCACUUGGCGAGGCUUCCCUUACUUGAGGGAUAUCAAUUUCAAGAUUCAGGUGCUCUUGCAAACCGGUAUCGUUGACCAUUGGUCGGACAUGAUGGCGUUGAUGACUAACUAUGAACGGGGCGACGUGGAUCAAGAGAACUAUCUCGAUAUUAUGGCACUCGCACCGGCCUUCUUGCUCUUAAUCAUAGGAUUCGCCGGCGGAUGUUUGUUACUCAUCGUAGAGAUUCUGUUUUAUCCGUCGCCGUAUUUGCUAUGAGUCGAGUGUACGACUGCGCUCUCAAGUGUCUCGUUUCAUUCGAUCUCGACACUCGUUUCGUUCGAUCUCGAAACGACGUCGUUGACACUUGCUCGUUCUCAGAAACACCUUCGUCAUAUCCCAAAGAGAGAUCUUUUUCGGCGACGCGAUAAUUAUCCGGGCUCAUUAACCGUUCAUAAUAGCUCUGUCGAGGUCUCGUGGAAUUUUUGAACGCGGCUCUCGGAUAGUACAGCGCCGCGGCGAGUUAAUUAGGAAAGUUCUAAGCUAAUUUCAUUAAACCUUCUUCUUCUCUUUCUUUCUCUCUCUCUCUCUCUCUCUCUCUCUCUUUCCCUUCUUUCUUCUUUCUAUUUAGCGCGUCGAAGGACGUGAAACUUUGGAAAUGUCGAAAAUUCGUGCGGCUAUAAUAAUGAUCUUCCGAUCAAAUUUUCGUACGACGUGCGCAGCAGUGACGUGUUGUUUAUUGUCUCUUUGUGAUUACUUGCAUUUUAUGCGAGAAACGUUAUACUACGUUAACUUAUGGGUAUAACUAUUUAGUCAACGCAACACGGAGAAAACACUUGCCUAAAUAUAGUUGCCAUAACAAAAUAUAAAUGUUAUUUUUCGACCAUACAAGAUGGUCGUAGUAAUCAUAAUAUCUUAAAAGUGGUUCUCUUUGCUGCCUAUCCAUACGUGUUUGAGCGGUACUCUCAGUGACGUAUAAUGUAAUCAAACCCUAUGAAUCUUUCUGCACUAUAGUAUCUGCAGAUCGCAACAGAGAAACAGCACAAUAUUCCUUCGGUUGAGGUGGCUGUAUGUAUGAGGAUGUUCUAACUAAACUUUACAUAUCAUACGAAUAUGGCUGUAAGAAUCAUAUAGAUGGCAUACAUACUAUGUACAGCAAUUUUUAACGUCAUAUCUGUUUAACUUGAAAUCACAUACAUUUUCUCUUUAACCAUAGAAUACGUGGAUGUAACGACCGUAGCAGUUUUCUCCGUGAAGUUUCCUUCUUUCCCGUCGGAGCAGUUAGCAUCAGCUAUAAGUAUCACGAUAUCAGUAAUCUUGAAGGCCAUAAGCCUACUGUCUCUUUAUAAAAAUGUUAGUUGCUUGAGAGAGAGAAAGAGAGAAAGAGAGAGAGAGGGAGAGAGAGAAAGAGAGAUAGAGAAAGAGAGAAAAAUAUUUUUUCUCAACAUUUUAAGCUCUUGCUAUAAUACCGAUAGUCCUUUAAUACCGAUGAGCAAUAUUCAGUAGAUUUUGGAUAUGGAUCUGUGUGUUUCCGCGCAUGGCCAUUCGUGUUUCGCAAAAAAUUCGAAAACAUCGUUGGAAUUCUAUUCCGUUAUUCAGUCUCGGAUUUCGAUUUGAUUAAAUUCGCUAGGAUAUCUCGAUGCGAUGUCUGCCCGACCUUGUAUGUGAUCGACCGUUAUUGGAUAUUUUAGCAGUAUUUGCUUUUGUAGAAUACACGCGAUCGGUGAAAAUAAUAGAUAUACCUGCUAUAACUUCUAACAACAUUGCAUUCUAAACUUUUUGCGUUCACGUGCUAUUCUCCGUUGCAUCUCCGAGGAGCAUCAAAAUUGUCGCUUUCGUAUAUACGAUUAUAUUUAUAGAUUAACUGCAAUUGUACGGGCACGCAUAAAAAAUCGUAGUAGGGCGGAGAGAAAGAGACGCGAUUCCCCGUGCAAACAUUAAUCGGAAAUGCGGGAUAAGAUUUUCCGCGGGUCUUCGUUUUCGGGAAGAUUGACUUUAGAGAUCCACCGCGGAUAGAUGCGCGCUAGACUAAUAAAUAAGGUGCGGUUUAUCGGCCGCUACACAUAAUACACACACACACACACACACACACACACACACACACACACACACACCGUUAUUUCUGCUUGCGUGCAAAACCGCGAUUCGGCCUAAAGUGAUACACAACAAGUCCCAAUGACACAUUUGUUUUCGUUACAAAUUGCUGAAAAUGUCGUCACUGUCUUUACAUGCAAAUCUGUGCACGUCAGAUGAGAAAAGAGUCAUGAACUGCUGUCAUAAUCGAUGACGUGAACUCUCGCUCUCCUACAAAUAGCCGUAUAUAUAAUAUUGUCUCCUAAAUCACGGUGGUGUACGCAAACACGAAGAGAUAUAGUGACGCUUGGCGAGAUCCGUUAAGCCGAGUCUUAUUAUUAGUCAAGCGCGCGCGCGCGCGCGCGGAUCCGACGGAUCUCCAAAGUCAAUUUUCUCGGGAACGAAGGCUCGUAGAAAGAAGAGAAAAAGGGAAGGAAAUUUAUCUCGCAUUUUUGCAUUUAUUUUCGCCACGUGAAAUCGGCUCCUUUCCCGUGCUACAUUCUCAGAUUCCCGAUAUAUCUCGCAUAUAGUGUCGCAUGCUGAAAAUUGUUCGGUGCUCGAGACUAUAUUUCCGCUUACGUUGAUUUACAUGAGAUGGAUUUCAGUCGUGAUUCUACUGCCUUGCUACUUCUCUGUUAGCUGGCGUUGCCUCAUGCGCAUGUUAACCUAAUUUAUGAUUGAUUCGAGCAGUCGCUUUGGGAAUUGCAAGCAAGCGUGAUGUGUCUGUGAAAUAAACGUACCGUUAUUCGCGCUAAAUUGAACGUGACAAAAAAUUAAUAAGAUCGCGCAGUCUCGAGAGUAUAUCUUCAUAUGCUUCAACUCGUUGCAUGCUUAAGAAUAUAUUGCCCAUUUCUCAAACAUAGUGAAAAUCUUUUGGGAAAAAUUAAUCUUUAUUGCACCUAAAAGUGUUCGCGAACAAUUUGACAUUGAUUCAGAGCUUGGACCGAAAGCUAUUCCACUUUCAAAUGUAAGCCCAGUAAACAUGAUGACGUCAAACGAAGGUUUAACGACGCAUUAGUGACGUUACUAACCUCAAUAAUACGUCAUUAAUGCGCCAUUUGACGUCAUCCUGCAUCAUUUGACUUGGGAGUAUUUUAAACCGCGUUUUAUGAAGAUAUUGCUGCUUUCAACAAAAGAGAAAGUAACAACAAAAAUCUCAACUUUUGUAUAUAUGUAUUUUAAAUAUUCAAAAUAAUAUAUUUAAAAUUUCAUUAUUCAUUUAGAGAUAAAAGUUUAAGAGUUAGAAAUAAUAUAAAAUAAAGCAAAUAAACUAUACAAAUGGAUAAUAUUAAAAAAAUUAAAAUGUUUUUAUUUAAUCGUAUAUAUAUCGCAUAUAUAAUAUACGCACUAUACGUUUUUAUAUGAAAAAUAGAAAUAUUAACGUAUUUAUAAUUUUCAGUGCAUUUUUGCAAGUACAUACUAUACGGGCAAUACAUCCUUAAAUAAUAUCUCCGUGUUUGGUAGUUCAUUGUAAUAUUGUGGAUAUGUGAAUAUUGAAUAUUAAUAUAGUGUAUUAUGCGAAUGUAAAUAUUGAAUAUAAUGUGAAAACAUAAGAGGUCGAAUAUAAAUUAUGAAUAAAUAUAUAAUAAUGAAUAUACGUAUAUAAUUUCGACAAUUCUCGAUCGAUAAAAUAAAAGGGAUGAAGGAGUAUGCGAUGUAAGUCAUAUUUUGUCUUUACUUUAUUCCUCAUCCCCUUGCUUCUCCUUUAUAUUAGUGUAUUAAAGUUUGGCGAGUGACUUUUUUGAUUAAUUAACGAGAAAGCAGGGAGACGAGAUAAUCGUAUCAUUUUUAUGUCACGGAGUAAUUACGCGAUCGAUCACGCGAUAUGUCAUUGGGAUUAUACAGACGCGACAUUGUUCCCACGAACUCUUGUGUGCGCGCGCGGAAAAGUCAAAGAGCAAGACCGAGUCGUUAAUCAGAGUGAAUCCAAGCGUGAUUUCCGCCCCGUUCGGUCGAUAUCGGCAACAAAACGAGCCAAACUGCGGACGAAAAGUCACCCGACCGGCCGAUUGGCGCGACGCUCGUGUAAUCAGCUAUUGGUGUUGAGUUUACGUUCUAAUGACAGCGAAACGUGCGUCGAAUGCAUUUCUGUCGGGAUGCAAUUGGACCGGGGGCGAGCGACACACCAAACCGGAAAUCGAUGAACUACGUCGCGGCAUCAUAAUGAAUGAACAACAACGCGGCCACUCACACGAGUCCCCCUAUUGUAAAAACUACCCUUCUUUGUCAUCCGUCUAUUUCGCGCAAUAAUGUAUAAGAUAUGUAUGUAUAAGAUAUGUAUAAUGUAUAAGAUAAGAAGCUUGGACACUAAUAAUAUUGAUACCAAACUUUGCAUUCCUAUUAUUUCGGUUUUUAAAUACAAAUAUUUAAACAUUCAAUAUAAAGAAUAUAUAUAUUGAA